UGAUUUUAUAUAGAAUGUAGAUUAUACAUAUUCAGAGUUAACAAUUUAAUUUAAGACUUAAUUGUUAUUGUAUGAUAGAUGAUAGAUAUUUAAUCAUCGAAUAACGUGUAUUUUUAUUACGUAAAAAAGAAGAAAAAUCAUCGUAUACAAUGUGUUCAAUCAGAGAUUUUUUUCCUAUUGAAUAUAGAGUCAGYGGAGCCAAGCCCAAGAAAAAUUUUAUUCAAGAGAAUAAGAGAUAUGUGACUAAAUUAGCAAAAGAUACUCAGGCGUCAAAAGAAAAUGUAAAACCAUCAAAUAAACCUUGCACCAAUAUUCAGAAUUUCAAAUUGAGACAAGGGGCAAAUAAAGAAUCUAUCCUGGAAAAUUCAAAAAGGAAAAUAAAAUCUAUAGACUUGGAUCAAAUUGAUGCUAGUAUCAAAUCAAUUCGUUCUGCAAUAGCUCAAACUAAGAUUACUCAAAAAAAAUUAGGAAUCAAAAAUGUUGAAAAAUUAUCAACGACUUUUAGAGAUCAAGCUACACAAACAGUAAAUCCAUAUGAAGAAGAAGAUAAAUUAAAAGAUUAUAUUAUCAGAUGUCCAAUAUCAGAAAAUUCAGAUAUGACUAAAACCAUUCAAAUGAAACAGAUGAAUACUAUUUCUGUGCAAACUGAAAAUUCUGAAUCAGAGUAUUCUAAUUUUACAUCUAGAAAAAAUGCUGAUUCUGUACGCCAACAAGAUGACAAUAAAUUCAAAAGGAAACAACAAAAUAUAGUUAGACUUAAAGAAAACAUAAUUGGUCAUCAUCAACCUGGAGAAAUACCAAAAUAUCUGAAAGACCGUAAAGCAUUGAAAGAAAAAAAUGAGAAAGAAAUUCAGAAGAAAUUGGCAAUUAGGCGUGAAUUGGGCCUUGAUGAUCCAGCAUGCCCUCCAGGCCAUAUAUUAUUACCAGAACCAGAGCGUCUUGAACAUCUUGCUAAAAUAAAAAAAGAUUAUAAUGAAUUGGUAUUGCAAUUAAAUAUGUUGCCCGUCAGUUCAGAUUCAUAUAAAAUGAAAGAGAAACGUAAGCGCAUAGAAAAAGAAUUGGAUCAAGUACAACUAGGUAUUAAACUAUUUUCUAAAGAGAAAUUAUAUGUUAAAAUCAAUCAAAAAAUAGCUGCUUCUUACAAAUAA